AUGAUCCCGAGCAAGGCCAGCUUGGUCGCCACGGGCGUGCCGGUGGCCCUCGACCUGCUGGCGGGCGUCAUCUUCGUCCAGCACACGGUCGCGUGGCGCCGUUCGCGCGUUCGCCGGCCGUCGAGGCCGCACGUAUGGCCUGCUCUGGCCAUCGCCUCGGCCGCCGCGUGGGAGCUCCUGCUUGCGAUCUGCGAGUCGACGUAUUUCGAGAAACUGUACGAUGCGGGCCUGGCGCUGGCCGCGACGGCGGUGUACGCGCCCAUGGCGUGGAGCCUCUCCCUGGGCCACUGGGGCGGGUACCUCACGGUCGCGCUGGCCUGCCGCCUCUCCUGGAUCAUAUCCCUGCGCGUCGCGUGGUCGGGCGUCAUCGUCGUCGCAGGCAUCGUGUCCGACACGCUGGGCUUCAUGAACAGUCCGUACCUGGGCCUCACCGCCGCCGCGAACGUCAGCCUCGCACUGGCAGCAGGCCUCUUCCUCGGGGCAGCUACGACGGGCACGCAGCCGCAGACGGCGCUCCCGACGUCCCGCUCGAGGCGCGGGGAGCUCGAGGCGCCGCUUCUGGGCGAGCGCGCUGCCUCCGACGCGGGGCGCGACGAGGCGGAGGUCCGCGACGUCCUGUUCGUCGUCGACUGGGCCAUGCAGGCCCUGGCGUCGCGCUGGCUCUUCAUGUCCGUCACGCCGAUGUUCAGCGCGGCGCAGCGGCGGCAGCUGGGCCCGGGCGACAUGCCCGAGCUGCGCGGGAACCUCGCGACGACGGAGUGCGCGGACGCGCUGUGGGCUGCGUGGGAGGCGGAGGUGACGCGCGCGCAGAAGCAGGAGACCUCGGCGGGGGGCGCGGGGCGCGCGCCGGAGUGGGGCAAGGCGGUGGAGCCGGACGCGUGCCCGGCGAUGCCGCGCGGGGCGUCGCUGCUCCGCGCGAUGCUGGGGGCGUUCGGGGGGGAGUAUUGGCUCCUGGGGGGUCUCAAGCUCCUGGGGGACUCGCUGAACUUCGCGGCGCCGAUGCUGCUGCACCAGCUCGUGCGGUACAUGCAGGAGGUCCCCGUGGAGGUCCCGGAGCGGGCCGGCGGCGCGGGCGCGGGCGUGCCGUGGUGGCUGGGCGGCGCGCUGGUGGAGCUGGGCAAACACGGCCGCCACAAGCCCGCGUGGUGGGAGCGGUGGGGCCUCACGCCGCUCGAGCUCGGCGUGGCGUACGCGGUGCUGCUCGGCGCGACGUCGCUGCUCAAGGCGGUGCUGAACACGCAGUACAGCUUCCGGAUGGGCGCCAUCCAGUGCCGGCUGCGCGCGGCGCUGACGUGCGCGGUGUGCCGCAAGUCGCUCCUGGUCAACGUGGCCAACCUGUCGGAGUUCUCCUCGGGCGGCGUGCAGACGCUGAUGAGCGUGGACGCGGACCGCGUCGUCGGGCUGGCGCUCUCCUUCCACGAGCUGUGGUCGCUGCCGCUGCAGAUCGUGGCCGCGCUGUUCCUGCUGUGGACGCAGGUCCGCGGCGCGUUCCUCGCGGGCCUCGCGCUCGUCGUCCUGAUGAUCCCCGCGAACCGCUGGCUGUCGACGCGCAUCGGGCGCGCAGCGCAGCGCAUGAUGAUGGCCAAGGACCGGCGCGUGCGGCUGGUCACCGAGAUGGUGGCCAACAUGAAGCAGAUCCGCAUGCUCGGCUGGGAGGCGCCCGUCGCGUCGCGCGUGCAGCACCACCGCGGCCGCGAGCUCCGCGCCCUCAGCGUCCACAAGUACCUCGACGCCGUGUGCGUCUUCUUCUGGGCCGCGACGUCGCUCGCGUUCAGCGUCUCGACCUUCGUGCUCUACGCCGCGCUCGGCCACAAGCUCACCGCGUCCGCGGUGUUCACCUCCAUGGUCCUCUUCAACACCCUCAUCGCGCCGCUCAACUCCUUCCCGUGGGUCAUCAACGGCGUCGUCGAGGCCAUGGUCUCCGUGAACCGCCUCAGCCACUUCCUCCGCGCCCCGGAGUGCUCUCGCAGCUGGAACCUCGCCAAGGCGCCGCACGCCGCGGACUGCGGGGAUGCGUCGCGCGCAGACGCCGGCGACGCCCUGCCGCCGUCGCGGAUGGCCACGCUCCCCGAGGUCCUCGAGAGCGUCACGCCGCCCCGCGGCGGCCGCGCCUCGCCGCCGCCCUACCUCUCCAAGCACAGCGCGGGGUCCACGGGCACUGUCGAGAGCGCGCGGAUCGACGCGGAGGCCGACGCGUCGCCGCCGGCGCCGGUGGCGUCCUUCUCGGACGCGUCCUUCGCGUGGGCGCCCGGCGCCGCGGACGGCUCCCCGCCGCGGCUGGUCCUGCGCGACCUGCGGCUGUCCGUCCCGGAGGGUGCGCUGGUGGUGGUCACGGGCCCCACGGGGUCGGGGAAGUCGUCGCUGCUGCACGCGGUGGUCGGGGAGCUGUACAUGGAGUCCGGGCGGCGGCACGCGCGCGGGAAGAUGGCGCUGGUGCCGGAGGAGCCGUGGCUGGUCCGCGGGACCAUCCGCGACAACAUCACGAUGCACAUGCCGUACGAGGAGAGCAAGUUCCGCGCGGUGGUGCGGUCGUGCGCGCUGGAGGCGGACCUGGACGGGUUCCUGCGCGGGGCGCACGAGACGGUGGGCGACCGCGGGGUGACGCUGUCGGGCGGGCAGCGCAAGCGGAUCGCGCUGGCGCGCGCCCUGUACUCGGAGGCGGACACGUUUUUGAUCGACGACAUCCUGGCGGCGGUGGACGCGAAGGUCGCGAACUGGAUCUUCGAGAAGACGAUCCUCGUGCUGCUGCGCGCGGGCAAGACGGUCCUGCUGUGCACGCACACCACGCGCCCGCUGGCGUCGGCGGACCUCGUGGUGGAGCUCGAGGCCGGCCGCGUGGUCAAGGUGACGAGCAGCGCGGCGGCGGUGCCGUGGGCGCACGCGUCCCACGACUCCCGGCUCGAGGGCGCGGUGGGAGUGUCCCCCGGGGGAGGCGCGUCGAGCGUCCGGCUGCUCGGAACCACGCUCCCGGCGCAGUACGGCGACUGGCAAUCCAUGGUCGAGGCACCGUUCGCGGGCGCUCCUGACGACGACGACGGCAGCUCCGGCGACGAGCAUCUCCUCUCGCUGCUCACCCCGCGCGACGGCUGGCGGCCCCUGCGCAUGGAGGACGUUCCAGAGCUCUCGCUGGAUGCACCGCCGUCUCCGAGCCCGCACGCCUCGCCCGUGGGGUCCUUCGCCGACGCCAGCACCCCGCUCAGCGCCACGCCACCGUCGCGGCACGCGCUGCCGGGCGUCCCGGAGGAGCGGCCCGCCGUGCCGCGGCACAUCCCGGCCCCGCUCGUGCUACCGGAAGCCCCGGAGACCGAGCGCGACGCGGACGAGGGCAAGAUCCUGUCGGUGUCCGGGCGCGUCCGCGACAGCGCGACGGGCGCGGAGGACCGCUCGCGGACGUCGACGAUGGAGGAUCUGCGGCACGCGCAACGGCGGCAGCGCCGCGACGGCACGGCGCGCGCCGCGAGCGCGGGGUCGCGGCGGAGCCCGGCGGGUCCCCGCGGACGCCGCGUGGGUCCGUACACGCCCACCGGAGCGACAGCAGCGAAGGCCCCGGCUCCGGGGGCGCGGGCGGGCCGUUGUCGACCGCCGCCAACUCUGGCAGCAACCCCGACGACAGCAGCGAGCACUCGAGCGACAAGGACGAGCGCGGCGGGGCGGCGGGGCCGCAGCCGCCAUUCCCUGGCUCGGGCACGCAGGGCGAGGAGCGGCGCGAGGCCGGGCACGUGCGUCUGCGCGUCUACGUGUUCUACCUGGCGGCGGCAGGCACCCUCCUGUCGUGCUGCGUGCUGGUGUCGCUGGCGCUCAUGCAGGCCACGCGGAACGCCGCGGACCUGUGGCUGUCGUUCUGGGUGA